CCCAGGCGGAGCGCUGGCUCUAUGAUCAGGCAGGGAAUGCAACGCGUGUCUGGCAGCGGGCGGGAGAGCAGAGGAUUAAAGUCGUUUAAACAGAUUGUAGUCUCCAGAAACGUCGGACGGCUACUCGGUUUGGAGUUGCGACCCUAAAACCCACUAGGCGGAAGGGGUACUUCCAGCCUUCCGCAUUUUCCUGAGUCUCUCUGCCGGCCAGUGACGUGACGUGCUGACGGAAGGCCCCAGCCGGGAGCUGUACCUUUUCUGUCGGCUCUGAGCUCAGCCCCUCCUCUUUCCUUUCUCCCUCCCUCCUCCCGCCCUGCCAGCCAAAAUUCGGCCCAGGACUUGAGAAAGGGCGGCCUACACUAUCCAACACCGACACCAACCGCCGGUACCAGGUUUUGUUUAGGAGCUGUGACUAAUGAGAAUCAGAGACCAUGGAUGAAGAUGAACUUGAAUUGCAUCCACAAGAACCAAACACAUUGUUUGAAGGAAUAGGAACUGAUGCUACACACAUGGAUGGUGAUCAGAUUGUUGUGGAAGUUCAAGAAACUGUUUUUGUUUCAGAUGUUGUGGAUUCAGAUAUAACUGUACAUAACUUUGUUCCUGAUGACCCAGACUCAGUUGUAAUUCAAGAUGUUAUUGAGGAUGUUGUUAUUGAGGAUGUCCAGUGCUCAGAUAUCUUAGAAGAAGCAGAUAUAUCUGACAGUGUCAUCAUUCCUGAGCAAGUGCUUUAUUCAGAUGUAACCGAAGAAGUUUCUUUAGCACAUUGCACAGUCCCAGAUGAUGUUUUAGCUUCCGACAUUACUUCAGCCUCAAUGUCUGUGCCAGAACACGUCUUGACAAGUGAAUCUGUACAUGUGUCUGACAUUGGACAUAUUGAACACGUUCAUGAUAAUGUAGUAGAAGCAGAAAUCGUGACUGAUCCUCUGACAACUGAUGUAGUUUCAGAAGAAGUAUUGGUAGCAGAUUGUGCCUCUGAAGCAGUCAUAGAUGCCAGCGGGAUCCCUGUGGACCACCAUGAUGAUGAUAAAAGCAACUGUGAGGACUACCUUAUGAUUUCCUUGGAUGAUACUGACAAAAUAGAUCAGAAUGGUUCUUCUGAAAUGACUAUAGACACAGAGUCAGAAAUCAGUUCUUGUAAAGUGGAUGGCACUUGCCCUGAAGUCAUUAAGGUGUACAUUUUCAAAGCUGACCCUGGAGAGGAUGACUUAGGUGGCACUGUAGACAUUGUGGAGAGUGAAACUGAGAAUGAGAAUAGAAUUGAAGUACUAGACCAGAAUGGCAGUAUACGUGUGCCAAGAGAAAAGAUGGUUUAUAUGACUGUCAGUGACUCUCAACAAGAAGAUGAAGAUUUAACUGUUGCAGAAAUCACUGAUGAAGUGUAUAUGGAGGUGAUUGUCGGAGAGGAGGAUGCUGCUGUUGCAGCAGCAGCUGCUGCUGUUCAUGAACAGCAAAUUGAUGACAAUGAAAUGAAAACCUUCAUGCCAAUAGCCUGGGCAGCAGCUUAUGGUAAUAAUAAUUCUGAUGGAAUUGAAAACUGUAAUGGCACUGCAAGUGCUCUCUUGCACAUAGAUGAGUCGGCUGGGCUUGGCAGACUGGCUAAACAAAAACCAAAGAAAAGGAGAAGACUAGAUUCCAGGCAAUACCAAACAGCAAUAAUAAUAGGCCCUGAUGGACAUCCCUUGACUGUCUAUCCUUGCAUAAUUUGUGGGAAAAAGUUUAAAUCCAGAGGUUUUUUGAAAAGGCAUAUGAAAAAUCAUCCUGAACACUUUACCAAGAAGAAGUAUCACUGUACUGACUGUGAUUAUACUACCAACAAGAAGAUAAGUUUGCACAGCCACCUGGAGAGCCAUAAGCUGUCUGGCAAGGUAGAGAAAGCCAUUGAAUGUGAAGAAUGUGGGAAGCGUUUCUCUCACAGUGGGGCUUUGUUUACUCACAGAAUGGUGCACAAAGAAAAAGCCAACAAAGUGCACAAGUGUAAAUUCUGUGAAUAUGAAACAGCUGAACAAGGGUUAUUGAAUCGCCAUCUUUUGGCAGUCCAUAGCAAGAACUUUCCUCAUAUUUGUGUGGAAUGUGGUAAAGGUUUUCGUCACCCAUCAGAGCUCAAAAAACACAUGCGAAUCCACACAGGGGAGAAGCCAUACAAAUGCCAGUACUGUGAAUAUCGGUCUGCAGACUCUUCUAACUUAAAAACACACAUAAAAACUAAGCAUAGUAAAGAGAUACCAUUUAAGUGUGACAUUUGUCUUCUGACUUUCUUAGAUACCAAAGACGUGCAGCAACAUGCACUUAUUCACCAAGAAAGCAAAACACACCAGUGUGUGCAUUGCGACCACAAGAGUUCGAACUCAAGUGAUUUGAAACGACACAUAAUUUCAGUUCACACGAAGGACUACCCCCAUAAGUGUGACAUGUGUGAUAAAGGCUUUCACAGGCCUUCAGAACUCAAGAAACACGUGGCUGCCCACAAGGGUAAAAAAAUGCACCAGUGUAGACAUUGUGACUUUAAGAUUGCAGAUCCAUUUGUUCUGAGUCGCCAUAUUCUCUCGGUUCACACGAAAGAUCUUCCCUUUAGGUGUAAGAGGUGUAGAAAGGGAUUCAGGCAACAGAAUGAGCUUAAAAAGCAUAUGAAGACACACAGUGGCAGGAAAGUGUAUCAGUGUGAAUACUGUGAGUAUAGCACGACAGAUGCCUCGGGCUUUAAACGGCAUGUUAUUUCCAUUCAUACGAAAGACUACCCCCACCGUUGUGAGUACUGCAAGAAAGGGUUCCGAAGACCUUCAGAAAAGAACCAGCACAUAAUACGGCAUCACACAGAAGUGGCCUCACCCUGACAUUUCUACAGAUGUUUGGAGAGAUCCUGUCCUUAAAGUAGAAAAUUGAUUUUAAAGCCUGUUAGUCUUGUAUGUGAAUAAGAUAUACAUUACAUUCAUUUAUACUGUGUACAAAUAAAAUAUUGCUUCUAGUUGACUUUUUUAAAACAUUAUUUCAUAGGGAAUUCUGUUUUUGUUUUUUUUUAAUGAGGGCAAAGUAGCAACAAUCAAGUUCUUUUAUUUAAAUAAUCCCUGAUCUUACAUUGAAUGUUUAAGUCUUAGAACUUUAUUUAUUUUAUUUACUUUAUUCACUUUGAUGGUACUCUUCUCAGACUACUUAAAGAUGAAAAAUGAUGAAAUUGGGGACUCUAAAAGUGAUGGUUUGGUUUUGUUUCCCUAUGAAUUUUUCAUGUUAAUAUAUAUCUGCUGAGUGGGAGAUACUACUCAGGUAUAAUUAUAAUAUGAAAAUCAUUUCCUUUUAGUAUUUUGAGAUCACAUGACAAUGAUGCUACCGAAGAGAACUUUGGUAGACUUGUAUUUAAUUUUUAUUUGGUUUAGCAGACAAUAUGCUUCCUCUGACUGACUUUGUAAGUGUUUACAUACUGUCCAUAUAACACACUUAAAAAUUCUUACUGAAAGGUUUUGAUUACUCUUGUUUUCUUAUGUCUAUCUAUACUGCUUUUCUUGGAAAUACUUGUGUUCUGCAAAUGAGACUUACUAUGAACUAAGGUUUGAAAAAUUUUUGAGGUAAAUUGUGGUCAUAGGGUUUUUUGCAACUGGAUGUGAAAAUGUAUUCUAAAUUUAAUAUGUGCUUCUCUGUUGCUUAUUUUACAUACAUAUACACAAUGCCAAUUUUGUCACUGCUGAAAAGUAUUAAAUGUACAACAAAUGGGAAGAUCCAGGGAUAUAAGGAAAACCAUUUUUGCACACUUUCUAUUCAUAGAGAUUAAAAUUCAAGUGUAGGUUCAGAAAGAAAGACUCAUUUUUAAAGACUAAAGGUAAUCUUUUAUUUUGACUAAUUUUGGUAAUUCAGAAAAGAAGUUACUUCUACAUAAAAUAUGUUCUUAACAAUUUUAGUGUCACAACUUAAUUACUAGUUUUGAAAAGCUCAUGACUAUUCAGACAUUAAUAUCGUUUCUCAGUGAGAAGCCUGGAAAAAGAUACGUCUUUUUACAAAAGUAGGGUGUACUUAGGAAGCAGUGACUUCAUGUACUAGAGAAUUAUACAAAUUAUACUUGACAGAUUCACCCUGCUUUUUUCAGCAGUUAGCAGAGUUGGAAAGAUUUAACACAACUGUUUUUUAAGAACUUAUUCUUUUAGAAGAUAAGGUAAAGGUGUAAUGCACAUAUUGAAAAAUGUGAGGCUUUAUUUGGAAUCACCAAGUCUUUCACAGUUUUUUCUUUUUAUUUGAAAGUUAACAUAAAUAGUCAUAAAUGUAGAUGGAAAAUUAAUUAAAAUAGUACUGGGUUUUGUUAAUACAGGUUACUUAAAUUGGCUAGGGCACUUAAGGAGAUUUGAAAUUUGUAUUCCCUCUAAUAGCUACAAUGCAACUCCUGUUAAGGUGCUGCCAUCUACUGCUGUGAUGUGUUUACCUUUUGCCUUUGUGCCGCUAAUACUCAUAUUCAGAAGUUAUAUUUAUUGGGUAAGAAAUCUAAUUCUUUGGUGGUUUUGAGAACUUAUGAAGGCUAGAUUAAUUUAGUUCCAAAUCAGAUGUUUUAGACACAUACUAAUUUAAACCUAAAGCCAACCAAAGCCACAGAAAGGAUUUUUGGUACCUCUUAAGCCCUUUUGGCUCUUUCAUAUAUCCCCUUUUUAGUAUUCAUCCAUGGUCCUGUUCUUGAAAACUCUUAUUUUUGUGUGUGAUAAUUUUUAAAAAAUCUCCCAAGAAAUUGUUUUCCCUGAAGUAAUGUAGAAGAAAAUGUUUAAAUGAAAGUUUACAUUUAAAACAAGAUAGCUAUUUAUAUUUUUAAAAUAUACUUAACAAAACAUGUUACAUACUUUAUUUUCUCACAAUCUGAAUUCAUGCACAAUAUUUUUGUUUUGUUUUUAGCACAGUAUUGAAACCUUUAAAAGGUAUUUAAAUUUUGGUUUAGUGAAUAUAAAGCCUUUAACAAAAAAAAUUGUUAUUGUUCUUACUGGUAUGUAUUGAUACUAGUUGUAGGCUAUUUUAUUUCUUAAAACAAUUUGAUUAGCAAAGCUAAGAAAUUGGAUGUUUCUGUUCAAUGUUUUAAAGAGGUCCAGAUUUAUACAAGAACAUAAUUUAUUGUUAUAUAGAAAUAGCUUAUUAAAUAUUAUGUCUUCCUCUGUACACAUUGUAAAAUACUUAAAUUCAUACAGAAAAGAAUGACACUAUUGUAAAUGUGUACUUGAGAUUAACAUGCAAAAAUAAAAAUUAGAAUAUUUUUAUGCAAAUCACUGUCCAGUGUAUUU